GGAAGCUGAGGCAGGAGGAUUUUGAGUUCCAGGCAAGUUUGGGCUCCAUAGCAAGUUCUAGGCCUGAGUUACAUAGUGAGAAUCUGUCGCACCCCUGAGGCUGUCUCGCGUCACCUCCCUGGGCAGAGGGAGCAGCAUCUGCACUGGUGCAGAACAGGCAAGAAGAGACAAAGGGACAGAUUCUGGAGGCCGAGGGACUCCUCUGAUGGUGGACACAGCAAGAGAGCGGAGCCGGGUGGGCAGCGCAGAUCGCUGGGGGCCUGUGGGGUCUGUGGGGCCUGUAUUUUAUCCUGAGUAGCCCGGGCCUAACGAGGUUUUUUAGGAUUAGCGACUGGAGCAGGGUUUGAGGGAGCAAAGCGCAGGCGUGGAAGCCGGAGGGGAGGGCGGUGCCAGGGACUGGGACCCAACCGGGCUGGUGCCAGAUAUAGCAUAGUCUCUUGCAAAUUAGGCCAACUUUUUUUUGGAGGGGGUACCAGGGAAUCGAACUCGAGACCUUAUGCUAGCGUGGCAGACGGCAGAACCACUGAGUCAAAUACCCAUCCCCAAAUUAGGCCAAUUUUAAUGGCCCUAAAGCCAUUAAAUUGCACUCUAAAUCUGCAUUUGCCAGAUUUCUGAAUGAUUUGACCUAAACUUUUGGGUCUCGCAACUUCUUUUCACUAAAUAUUAAAGGUUCUUCUUCGGUUUAAAUAUAUAUACAUAUAUACACACACACACACACAUAUAUAAACAUACACACACAUAUAUAAACAUACACACACCUUGGAGAAUUUAAAAAAUCGCUCUUUUUUGUUACUGAUCUCACCAGGCAUCCCCUUUUCCUUAAACCUGUUGCCUCAUUUUGGGGAAACGGUAGUGGGGCGAGGGACAAAAACCCAGGAACUUAUUUGAAAGUGGUGUACGUCAGCGGAGGGUGCACACAUGAGCACAGGUACUUCCGGUUACUCCGGAAGUGGAGGCUACGCUCCUAAACUCCGCCCUCCGCGGCCAGGCAGAGUGACAGAAUGGCGGAGCGCGCGGUGCGGCUGGUGCUGCUGGCCGGGGCAGUCGCGAUGGCGAGCGCCUCCCAAGGGGACCGCGAGCCGGUGUACCGCGACUGUGUGCUGCGGUGCGAGGAGCGGAACUGCUCGGGGGGCGCAUUGAACCACUUCCGCUCCCACCAGCCAAUCUACAUGAGUCUAGCAGGCUGGACUUGCCGGGACGACUGCAAGUACGACUGCAUGUGGGUCACCGUGGGCCUGUACCUCCAGGAGGGCCACCGGGUGCCGCAGUUCCACGGCAAGUGGCCUUUCUUCCGGUUCCUGUUCUUCCAAGAGCCCGCUUCUGCCGUGGCCUCCUUCCUCAAUGGCCUGGCCAGCCUGGUGAUGCUCUGCCACUACCGCACCUCUGUGCCCGCCGCCUCCCCCAUGUACCACACGUGUGUGGCCUUCGCCUGGGUGUCCCUCAAUGCAUGGUUCUGGUCCACCAUCUUCCACACUAGGGACACCGAGCUCACAGAGGUGAGUGGCACUGCCCGCCGUGCCCAAGGCUGGCAGAGGGGGCUUGCAAUGCAGGGGUCAGCGCCCAGCCUCCUGAGCCUAUGGGGCCUCGGAGGAGGAGGGGAAUUGGGUGCCAUUCACCAGCUAAGAAACGGGUGCGGCUGGGACCCGGCCCACAGCCAUCCGUGCCAGGCAGUGCCGAGAUCGGAGCCUGACCCCGAAGGCCUCCGGUGAACACAGGGUAUCCGCUCAGUUGGCGGAGGGGCAGGUGUGGGCGCUGCCAGCGCCGGCCCUGCCCGCUCCCGUCCC